AUGCCUUAUGUCGCUCCUAAAACAUCAUCUAUAGGAAUAAUCAAAGCCCUUCGCACCGAAGAGCCUCUGGCUUGUGGCGCUGAGGCUACUCUCUCUCCCAACAGGAGACGGCCUUUGCCCCAGAAACAAAGGUCCCUUGACGACAUCCCUUUAGCCAGUCCCGGCAUGCCCGACAGACCACUGAAGUCAGCUCUCAAAAGUCCAUGGUCGCCCUGCGAUGUAGACCUUCCUCCACAGUCUGUCUUCUCGCCAGAGUGUCACAGUCGAGGUCGACAGCGGUCUAAAUCAGCGCCUAAUCGACCAACGCACCUCGGAGGCGACCCCAUCCAAUCUACAGCAGAGUCCAUCACCCCUCCUGCCUCAUCCAAGGCCGUCCACUUUCCCUCCCCUGACGAAGAAAACCUUGCAUCUGUCCGCUUCUUCAAAAAGAGCGGUCGGCCUGUCUCAAUCUCUAGACCUUCCGAAGAGACUGACACGGAGACGGAUGGAGAGAGUAGCGCGUCUAGCGUAAAUAUCAGAUACCAGGCAAGCGCUGGAUUCAUGGGACCUUUCCACCCUGGCCGUCAGUCGCGAUUCGUGGCCAUAACACGUUCCAAUCGGAACCGUACGUUCGACACGGUCUUUCCGACUGAGAAGUCCAACCUAUCUGGGCCUCCCAUCACCAACGAGUCUGAUCCCCCAGAAUACGAGUUGGACACCGCGUCUUCUUCUACCGUCCCUUCCGCCCUCUUUGACCCCACCGCCAACAUUCACUUGGAAUCUGUGCAAUGCCGGAACUCUGUGGACGAAAAAGGCAUAUCUACCGCACUGGUCGGUACAAUUUUGGUCCGUAACGUCGCCUACGAGAAGGACGUCAGCGUGCGCUUCACCUUGGACGACUGGGUUACCACUUCGAAUGUUUCAGCGACCUACACCGCAAGUUUGCCGGCUCUACCCCUCUCCUUCCUGCGUUCGGUCCACGGUACGGCGACCCCUGGAGACUGCGCCGCUCUCCUCGCCGUCGCCACCAAUCGUGACCCCUGGGAUCGUUUCACCUUCACUAUCGAGCUCGCCCCUUUUGCAACCAAUCUUCCGUCACAUACCCUUUGGCUGGCAGCCAGAUACUCCGCGGGGCAUGGAGAAUGGUGGGAUAACAACGGAGGCGAAAACUACAGAUUCGCAUUCGUGGUGAAGCAGCCACCCAUCAACGUUGCACCUCUAGUCACUGUUCCAGUCGACCGUGAGUUCACUUCCUCACAGAGCACCCUGCAACUACCUCACCGUCUCGCUACCCGGAAGCAGAUCGCCAAUUCACCUCUUCCUCCACGGACGCCGCCUUCGUUCACUUCGUACAGCUUUUUAAUCACGCAACCGCGGUUCCUACCCUCGCCCACAUUGGAUGCCACAUUUAAAACUUUCUUAUCCAAAACUCCGCGAAGUCGAGCUUCACGGUUGGAACGCUCUUCCGUCAAGUUUACCUCUGCGUAG